GGAAGCAAAUAAUCGAUGACCUUGCAAUGUUUGUAAAUAAGACAGACACGGUGUAGUGUUUUCGUACGAAGUGCUGUGUGAUUUAUCCCGAAAUUCGGCGAAUUUAAAUUUGCUAGGACAGUCGAUAUGGAGUUUCAAGAGAUGGCUGUCAUCCAGGAGCAUAGUGUUUGUGAGGGUCCUUCUCGCAAGGAAUCGGGGAAGAGAGGACGGAAACCAGGCAGAAAAUCAUCUGAAAAGGUUGACAUGAAAGCCAAAUUAGAACGUAGUCGUCAAAGUGCUAGAGAAUGUCGAGCUCGUAAAAAAUUGCGAUACCAAUAUCUGGAAGAACUUGUAGCUGACAGAGAAAAAGCCGUAUUUGCUCUGAGACAAGAAUUAGAACAGUAUCAUCUGUGGGCACAAGAUAUAGAUGCAGGUAGACAUCCAGAAGGACUUCAAGCAGCCCUAGAAGAGAGCAUCGAAAGUAGAACAGAAAAAUAAAGGAUCCUUUUUUGUGAUACACUGUACAUUUUUUACCAUUGGAUCUAUUUUCUAUAUUAUUCUUUAUGAUUGUUUGACAAUCCGCAUUAUUAUGACAUUCACCAAGAGUUGAAGUUUGUUUUUAUUAUUGUUUCCAUUGUAUUUUAUGAAGAAAUAUACAUUAGUAAUAAUAU